CUUACGUCACUUCCUCGCCGCCAUUUCUUGACCUUCAUGGUGCGAGUAGCCGGAGAGGAGGUCACCAUGGACAAUCGGGAGGAAGUAUUUGACGCCCUGAAUGAUUUUGAGAAGAAACCAACGAAAACUAUACCCCCGUUAUUGGAGCAGUUUCUAAGCGAAGUGGCCAAAACGGGCGAAACGCUGUUCCCUUGGCCCCGACUCAGGCCACUACUGGUGAGCAAGCUGGACCAGGUGAUGACCGAGUUUCACCAGGAGAUCCCGGUCGACCACUUCCCUCCCAACACCAACAUGGAGCAGGUCAAGUUUGAUGACAUGAGGGAACGGAUCAUUAAAGCUGUGGAGAGGUUUCAUGGGGCUCCUUUCACAAUUCAGAGGUUGUGUGAGUUGAUCACUGAUCCCAAGAGACAUUAUAAGAGAAGUGACAAGUUUUUAAGAGGCAUUGAAAAGAAUGUGCUGGUUGUAAGCACUGUUGACCCAUUUGGAAGGAAAGUUGUGUCGGAAUCCCGGACUCUGGUGAAUGGUCUUGACAGCAAUGGCUGCACGCAGACAGGCAACUCUCUCCCACCCCCUCCAGUCCCAUCCUGGCCCCUCAACAGCCAGGGGCUGGCAACAGUGUGGCCCAAGUCAAAGUCUGACUCUGAGGAAUCAGCAACUAGUCCUAUUGAACAAGAGGACUUGUCAGAGGUAGACCAAGAUCACAUGGAGCCAGAAGCACCAUUAGCAGAAAAGUAUUCCCCCCCUUCACAAUCACAGCCUGAUGAAUCAUCUCAAGAGGAUAAUGAUUCCGAGGCAGCAUCUAUGGACACAAUUAAAACAGACGGAUCAGCAAAAUCUGAUUCUGAGUCUAUGGCAGCUGAAUCAGGGGAGGCUACUCCAGCUGAGAUGCCAGAGAAUGGGGAUAGUCCACCUGUGUCUGGGAACGAGGCAGCAGUGUCUGGUAAUGAGGCAGCAGCGUUGGAGAGUGAAGCUGUGUCAGAGAAUGAAGCAGUGUCCGAGAAUGAAGCAGAGUCCGAGACGAAAACAGGAGUGUCGGACAGUGAGGCAGCAGUUUCUGAGAGUGGGACAGCAGUGUCGGAAGCCCCAGUGUUGGAAAGUGAAGUAGCCAUGUCUGACAGUGAAGCGGCAGUGUCGGAGAGUGAAGCAGCCGAGGAGGAGCCAGUAAAGGCUGAAGACUCCGACAUCAAGAAAGAUCCAUCACAAUCUCCUGAAUCCACUCCAGAACAGACUCCGGAUAAUGGUGCCCCAGAGUCAGCUCCAUCACCAACAGGAAAUGGAGAACAGGUUUCAUCAUCACAAGAACAUCCACCUGAUUCACUGGAGAACCAACACAUAUCUGCAUCCCCAACUGGCCCAGUGUGUGAGGAAGGCGUGGCAUCCUCCUCCGAGGACCCCACCAAUCGGCUGUGUGAAUCUGUUACCAAACAGACUGAAGACUGUGGCAGCAGUGAGCCAGCCAGUUCCACAGAUGCUGUUUCUGACUCCAUGUGCGCGGAACAUCCACCAGAGGAAGAAUGUGCAUCGUCCUCACCAAGCUCUUGUGAAAAAUCGGACCCAGUGGACUCUUCGGAGCAGAAUAUGGACACAGAUUCUGAGAAUUGUCGGACUUCAGAACAGACAGACAACCCAUCAGAACAGCAGCAAUCAAAGGAAGUGCAACAAGACACACAGACAGACACAGACUCAGACUCGCAGAAAGAAGAACCGAUGGAUCAGGACUGAUGUAGUCAUGGUGCAUUAUAUAUAUAUCGGGGAAAAUAUCAGUGCUGAAUUAAAUCCAUGAAUUGUAAAAAUACCAAUCUCAGGUCCAAAAAAUUAUUCAUACCUUCAUGUCAUCUGUAUGUACAUUUUAUGUAAGUCGUAAGUCAAUCCAUUGUCCGAUGGUAUUUUGUUCUCAUUGUCAAAUACUGAUGUAGUUGUUUUAAUUUCAUGUACAGCUGUUUAUUACAACCUAGGAAAUGAUAGUUGUGCCUUGCUCAAGGAGUGAAAAUGUCACUGAUUUUACAUCUUCAUUUCAUGGCUUCAUUGUCAUGCCUAUUUAUGAUUCAUGAAGACACAUUUGUCAAAUUAUCAGAAAUAAAGCUAUGAUGAACUCA